AUGUACAGACAAAAAGACUUAAUUUCUGAUUAUACUCCGAAACACACAGACAUCUAUUUACAGAAUCAUACAAAUCUCUCUCUCUCUCUCUCUCUCUCUCUCUCUCUCUCUCUCUCUCUCUCUGACGUUCCUUACCUGCUCCUUCCUUUUCUUUUAUCGCCCCUUUACUUCUCUUUGUUUUUCUCUGUAAAUCUUUAUUCUUUUCAUAUUCUCACCUUUUUCUCUUCACAUUUUUUCUUUCUUUUUUUUUGUCAAGAUGAAACGUCAUAUUCGAGAAAUAGCUAUAUUGGCUGUGUGAUCAUAUCUUUAUUCUUUCAAAUUGUCUCCAUACUCCUUUCGCUUUUAUUACUCAAUAAGAUUAAUUUUCUUAUUAUAUCUGAUUUCUCUUUCUCUUACAUUCUUUACUUCAACAACUUCAUUAUUCUUUUGUUUGCCUACGUGCUCACCUUCCUUUUUUUUCCGUUCCUUCUCACAUACCAUAUUUCUGCAUUUUUCCUUCCAACAUCUUCAUUUCUUCAUCUUUCUUUUCCCCUUUACUUGCUUUCUUACUUUCUCAUUGUUUUCUCAUUUCUUUUUCCUCUUCCGCCACUACGAGUUAUUUUUUAUAUAUAUAUUUUAUUCUUUUUCUUUCGCUUAAUCCUUGCAUGUCUAUCUUCUGCCUCCUUCCCCACAUCAGUUCUUUCGCGCCAUUGUUUCUCUUCAUUUUCGUCGCCAUCGCCUUUCUGCAUCGCCUACACCCUUUUCUUCUUUCUUUCGACUCUCUACGAUUCUUAUUUUCAUUACCUCUCCGACAAAGGUGACCAAUGUCGAUGUUCAGGCAGUGCGUCUAGUGCUUGCCCUUGUCGAAGCGGCAGCACCGGAAGUGUACAUAACGACAGAAAUCACGCAUCACAGACAAGUACUUGGAUUACCUGCGACAGCGCUACCCGAAGUGGCGACAGUUUUAUUCCAAAGUCUAAUCCAAGCGACUAUAGCUUCAUCGGGCCUCGCACUGAAAACAGUCGGACUCACGGUCCCUGCGAUAGAGACGAGCGUGAAUCAGCAGACAGAAACAGUGUCUGCUUACCCCAAAGACUGUGUCGUUGUUUCGGUAGAAUCCAUUGUAUCAGAGAUAGUAGUCGAAGAAGGAGUGCGAACGGCGGUGGUGGCAGAAGCGGCACCUCCUGUUGUACAUCCAAAAUGAUACGUAUUUUGGUGCCAUUACUUAUAUUAUUUGGAAUCAGUAUUAGUUACUCAAUGUUGAGCAACGGAUCUGUGGGUAAUAAAGAGAAACUUAAGCAGGCCAACACGACGAUCCAUCCGAAUUUUAAGAUGCGAGAACCGCCACGCCUGAGAUCAGUACCAUUCUCAGAGUUCAGCAGAGCCAUGCGAUCUACGUAUAACGCCACACAAUUUCUGCGUAUUUUUGCCGGCAAGGAAGCUACUAAAGAACAGCUUGACAUGCUCCUGGGAAACCGACACUUUGACUUGAGUGAAAGACCACACUCAGACAACAUGCCCGGAAGAGGAGUGCGGGCAAACGAAGACGAUGACGAUGACGACGGGUACAGCAUGAACCCUCGCUCUACAGAAACAAUAAUCGACAAAGCCUUGAACCAUGUACAUGAAAUGAUGCGAUCACCGUUGAACGAGUGCAAAUAUCCACAGCCAGAAAUCGUCUAUGUACAGGAUAAUGAGGCCAAAAACCGCGUCUAUUUCCCAUCAUGCACUGUGAUACAUCGAUGUCGAAACGUCACAGGUUGUUGUAAGAAUGCAUCAAGUGUGUGUGGACCGAAACGAGUGAAAAUCAUCAGCAAAUACUUUGUGGUAUUGGAAUAUGCAAGCAAAAAUCCAUCCGAAGCUAGGUUAAAUACCAAGAUGGUCGAAGUCCGACAAUUUAUGAAUCACACUGAAUGUGAAUGCAAAGAAAUUAUUGGCUUGCCCGGCUGCAAAAAAGACUGUCCAAGUCCGUUCAAAAAGACCCGUGUUGGUUUGGAAUGUCAAUGUGAUUGCGUUAGAAAUCAUCAAAAUUGCCUUCUGGUUAAAGAUGGCAUAAAACCUUUACAUGAAAGGUCGCUAGUAUGCAUCAAAAACAGAGACUGUCAACGCCCAAGUUGUCGUUAUGGAUUCUUCAAUUUAAAUACAGGGUUCUGCCCACAUAUACAAUCAGGUUUUAACAGGAAUCGACGGCGUAGGAGGAAGAGUGAGCAUCUCGUGUAUGAUAACCAACGAGAAAUCACCCUCACCUUUAUCUCGACCAAGCCCUUCACUCUGACCCUACAUGAUCGCGUCAUCCCCGCCACCAGAUCUAGACAACGCCCUCAACAGGCUGGGUUCACGUUCGCCUUUCCCCCUCUGCUUUCUGCUUUUCGGUUCCUCAUGGAAAAGUUCCGGGAGUACAGAAAGGACCAUCACCUAUACGUCGCUUUCAUCGAUGCGAAGGCAACCUUCGACACAACUGAUGUUGUGGAAUAUCCUGUGAACCCUCGUCUUCCUGCGGAAGAACUUCUCUGGCAUUCGACUCAGAGACUACGAACUAAUAGACCUAGCCUACGCCGAUCUAGAAAGGACACACGACGUUUUCAACGAGGUGACAAGGCUUCGGCUGCGCGUAAACCGAAGCCAAAACUGAUGUACGUAGGAGACGGUCCUGAUCUACCACCCAUCCUUAUUGGCAACGACCCCCGUCGGGUUCGUUACGUGUUUCGUCUACCUGUGCUGAGGAGUUUCAACACCACCGUCCGCUAUAUCUCGCCGUCUGUCUGUCUGUCUGUCUGUCUGUCUGUCUGUCUGUCUGUCUCUCUCUCUCUCUCUCUCUCUCUCUCUCUCUGCGUAUCUCUUCCAAUUGAAAAAUCUAUCUCAGUUUGUUCAUAUUUAUCUAUCUAUGAUUUUUCAUAUCUAUCUAUCUAUCUCGGCCUUUUCAUCCUUUUCAUAGCUACCUACCUAGUCUAUCACUCUCUCUUUCUUUCUCUCUCUCUCUCUCCUUAUCUAUCUAUGUCAGCCUUUUCAUGCCUACCUACCUACCUAGUCUGUUUAUUUUUCUCUUUCUCUCCCUCCCUGCUUCUUUCUCUCUUUCUAUCUCUAUCUAUUCUAUCCCCCCCCUCUCUCUCUCUCUCUCUCUAUCUAUCUAUCUAUCUAUCUAUCUAUCUAUCUAUCUAUCUAUCUAUCUAUGUCUACCUACCUACCCAAGUCCGUUCAUAUCUAUCUGAUUUUGUUUCUAUCUAUGUUCUUUUCUAUUUAUUCUCUAUUGUAUCGUAUGCCUUGCCGUCUCUUCUCAUCAUCUACGUCCAUCUUUCUCUCUCUUACUCUCUGGUUGACUUUCUCGUCUGUCUGCUUUCAAUCUAUCUCUUCCGACAUUACUUCCGGUCCCAAACGCCGCCUACUUUCCUUACAUCGCUUCUUUUUUUUUUUUUUAUAUCUGAUCUAGCGUGCCUUCUUUCCUCGUUACGUGCUCCGUUGUAUUUCCCCCUCUCUCUCUCUCUCUCUCUCAGACGUUUUCUUUGCAAUCUUUCCAUUUUUGCCCUUAAUCUACUUUUGCUUCUCUAUUUUCUCUUGUUGUCGUUCUUUUUUCUAUUAUUCUUCCCUGUCUCUGUAAAAUCUUUCAAUUCGAUUCUAUUUUGCAAACGAUUUCAUAUUGUGCAACUUUAUAGUCUUUCUUUUUCUCUCUUUCGGUCACUUCAUUUUUCGUUUGUUUUUUUUCCUCUUCCUUCCUUUAUGCGACCCACUUGCCUUUUAGAGUUGCUCUCCUUUUUCUUUCGUUGCAUUUCUCGUACGCCUCAUUCGUUCCAUUUCAUUCUUUAG